AUGAGUGAGCCUUUAAACACAAAUGAUAAACAAAACAAUAAAGUUAAACCUUCUAAACAACUACCCCGCCCACUCAACAACUACCGCCCACUCAACAACUACACCCACUCCUUAACUACCCCGCCCACUCCAACAACUACCCGCCCACUCAACAACUACCCCGCACACUCAACAACUACCCCACCCACUCAACCUUCACCCCACCCACUCAACAACUACCCACCCACUCAACAACUACCCCGCCCACUCAACAACUACCCCGCCCACUCAGCAACUACCCCACCCACUCAACAACUACCCCGCCCAUUCAACUACCCCGCCCACUCAACAACUACCCCGCCCACCAGCAACUACCCCACCCACUCAACAACUACUCCACCCACUCAACAAUUACCCCGCCCACUCAACAACUACCCCACCCACUCAACAACUACCCCGCCCACUCAACAACUACCCCGCCCACUCAACUACCCCACCCACUCAACAACUACCCCACCCACUCAACAACUACCCGCCCACUCAACAACUACCCCCCGCCCAACAACUCCCGCCCAUUCAACAACUUCUCCACCCACUCCAGCAACUACCCCGCCCACUCAACAAAUACCCGCCCACUCAACAACUACCCGCCCACUCAACAACUACCCCGCCCACUCAACAACUACCCGACCCACUCAACAACUACCCACCCACUCAACAACUACCCCGCCCACUCAACAACUACCCCGCCCACUCAACGCUACCCGCCCACUCAACAUACUACGCCCACUCAGCAACUACCCCACCCACUCAACAACUACCCCCCCACUCAACAACUACCCGCCCACUCAACAACUACCCCGCCCACUCAACAACUACCCGCCCACUCAACAACUACCCGCCCACUCAACAACUACCCGCCCACUCAACAACUACCCGCCCACUCAACAACUACCCCGCCCACUCAACAACUCCACCCGACCCACUCAACAACUACCCACCCACUCAACAACUACCCCGCCCACUCAACAUACCCCCACCACUCAACUUCACCCGCCCACUCAACAACUACCCGCCCACUCAACAACUACCCCACCCACUCAACAACUACCCCGCCCACUCAACAACUACCCCACCCACUCAACAACCUACCCCGCCACUCAACAACUACCCGCCCACUCAACAACUACCCGCCCACUCAACAACUACCCGCCCCACUCAACAACUACCCCGCCCACUCCAACAACUACCCCGCCCACUCAACAACUGCCGCCCACUCAACAACUACCCGCCCCUCAACAACUACCGCCGCUCAACAACUACCCGCCCACUCAACAACUACCCGCCCACUCCACAACUACCCCGCCCACUCAACAACUACCCGCCCACUCAACAACUACCCGCCCACUCAACAACUACCCCGCCCACUCAACAACUACCCACCCACUCAACAACUACCCGCCCACUCAACAAAUACCCCCGCCCACUCAACAACUACCCACUCACUCAGCAACUACCCCGCUCACUCAACAACUACCUCACCCACUCCAACAACUACCCGCUCACUCAACAACUACCCCGCCCACCCAACAACUACCCACCCCGCCCAUUCAAUAA